AUGCCUAUCUUUAAACUGAGGGAAAUUCUUCGUUACCACAAUGUUAUCGAUUGCGGCACAAAAGACGAGCUAGCCAUAAGAGUUAGCAUGGUCAUAAGCGGAACGGAUGAUCUGGCAUUCAAAAGGGAAAUUUUUGCUAUAAAAAAUAUUUUAACAGCAACCAGAACAUUAAUGCAGCGACAGAAGAGAAUGUACUUACUUGACCCCAAAAUAAUCUCAAAACAACGAAAGUUUAGCACGCCUUCAAGUCCGACGAUUAGCACCUCACGACCUAGGGAUAGUGCCUCUGUCUUUAGCAAGAAGAAAAAGGCAUUCAUUUCUAUACUAGUUGGCACAAGUCUAGAAACUCUAGAUGAUAUUUUCAAACCUCUUGACCACGAGAUUUUAUUGUACUCUGUCAAUUUUUCCGAGGAUCGGGCGAAACAGAAUAGAAAAUUCUUUGGUCAAAACCAGGAAGCAAUACGAUCUGUUGGCGCAAACGUGCUUGCUAUGUGGAGUAAAGAUGAGAUCGGCAAUACCGGUUGGAAAAGUGGUAAGGAUAUGUCAUUCUCAAUAUUUUUAUAUCUCUCAUGCAUCCACAUACAUUAAAGAUAUAUUGCAUUCUUCUGUUUACAGGGUGGUACAGAGCAAAAGUACUGACCUAUGACAGCGCCACAGAUACUGUUGAGGUGGAGUUCGACGUUGAGGAAGGUGCACACUACCAGUAUGUUGUGAAAGACGAGUUGAAAGCCAGGAGAUUAAAACUCGCUAAAGAUACGCAAAAGAAAGUCGACGAUUACGAAAAUAUUUUCCAAAUCGGGGCAGUGAUUGAGGUUUGCUGGUCAGCUGAUGAUGUUGUUGAGACAGAGGUUGGACCAGGUACGUUAUAAGUACAACGUGUGAUGUAUUUAAAUUAAUAACCAAAUUCAAUUACAUAUUUUUGAAACCUCCUAGCCAAUAACAUAUUAAGAGGACAUUUUUUACAAAAUCGCGUAUUUUUUGCGCAAAGCGCUCAAAACCUAGCGACCAGGCCUUCCCUAAAAUCCUGCCCCGCCAUCUUGGUUUUAAAAAUUUCCCAAAAUUUGCGAAGACAAAUAACAGAAUUUUACUGGAUUUUUGGCUGUGUCACGAGGCAAAACAUUGCCAAAUAUAAAGAAAGAUAACAUGGUAAGUGUAAUAUCGUAUUUAGUAGCUGUUAUUUAAAUUAUUAUUAUGUAAAUAUGCACAUGUAUCGGACUCAGGAGUGACCAUUUCAUUCAAAGAGGUCAUCUAUAUUUACUGAUUAAAAGUGUCUGCUUUCGUCUUUUAAAUGAUGGCCGGCCUGUUCACAACUCGUUUACAAUAUAGGUACAUGCAAAAUUUUAAAGGAAGAAUUUGAGUAUUUGUAAAUAAUCCAUUUUAAUACUUCGAAGUUCGAAUCAGUUUUUUUGCCUCUGGUAUUGUUGCACAUUUCCAUAAUAUUACUGUAAAAACAUUAAUUUUAAACUUCACAAUGUUUCGUACACAUGCAGCUGUUCUGCUGUUGCAGUGCUUCAGGUAUACCAUGCUAUAAAUCACUACAAGUUUCCUUUCUGAUAUAAAGAAUCAUGAUGUACAUCUGGUAUAUGAUUGUAUACAGUAUACUAAAGUAUAAAUUGGAAACCAAAAUUUCAUAUGGGAUGUAAGUAACAAUUGCAACUGGAAUUAUUAGUUGAAACAACCUACUUUCCCACAUGCAUGUAACCCGAUGUGGUACGAGGGUUGCUAAACCAGGGCUGGUUAUAAAGCAGGGCCAGGAUGCAUCAUCACUAUGGACCCCAGAUACUGAUCCCCCUCCCCCAAUAUCCCCAAGUAAAUCUAUCCCACUACUACACAAAAGAAUACUUCUUUCCCUCUGAGUUAACAAUGAAAGUAUAUUUUUUACAGAUCUCUGCGAUAUUACUUUUACAACCUUGAAGAUAUGAUUACGAUGACAGAUGUCUGUACAUUGUGGAGUAUUUUGUACAUCCUAUGAACUUUUUGUAACAAUAGAAUAUUUUUAUCAUAAUUUAUCUGUGAUUUAAUAAAUAUUCAUUUCAUCUUGUUUCAUUUCUUGUUUUCUUUAAUAGCCUGCAAGAAAAGAUCUUCUUAGAAAAUCUGAUAUUUUUUUGAAAAUUUACAAUGUAUAUACAUGAUCUAAUUGCCGUAAUUGGUACCUGGCCAGGCCCCACCCCAAAUGUACGUAACCAUUUUGGGUUAAAAAUCAUCACAACAAAUUUGUGUGACAUUUAAUUAACCAGGUUUAACAGAAUAACAGAAUAAAGAAGCAUCACUGACUUAAAAUCUCUAUUAUACAUCGAUAUAUUUACAUUAGAUAUUGUUGUGAAUACUGUAAUUCUGGUUGAUUUAAAAAAUGUUGAAAAACGACCUUCGACCUACCACCUCAAACUUAAUCAAACUAUGAUUUUUGUAAACUAGCAUACCUAGGGUAAAUGCCGAAAUAUAUCUUAGAUUGAUCGGAAACAGUUCUCAGUUAAUUUUUAACCAUUAAACGUAAGGUAAAUGUUUAGACCCAUGAACUCCAUAUUGGCCAAAUUUAGCCUACAUGAAAACCAAUGUAUUUGAGAGACAGAACAUGUUCAAACAAUCUAUAAUCACCAUAGAAAUAUAAAAUGGACUGAGAGCUAUGUUUACACAGCUUACAGUAUAAGAUUUCACUUUAUAUUCAAUGAACAGAUAGCAAUACUGGGCUAUUCAGUAAAUACAUGUUGUUGAAUACUGUAAUUCUGGUUGAUUUUAAAAAUGUUGAAAAACGACCUUCGACCUACCACCUCAAACUUAAUCAAAUUAUGAUUUUUGUAAACUAGCAUACCUAGGGCAAAUGUCGGAAUAUAUCUUAAAUUGAUCGGAAACAGUUCUCGGUUAAUUUUAACCAUUAAACUUAAGGCAAAGGUUCAGACCCAUGAACUCCAUAUUGGCCAAAUUUAGCUUACAUGAAAAUCUAUGGAUAUUAGAACCAAAACAUGUUCAAACAAUCAAAUAAUCACCAUGGAAAUAUAAAAUGGACUGAGAGCUAUGUUUACACAGCUUACAGAAUAAGAUUUCACUUUAUACUCAAUGAACAGAUGGCAAUACCGGGUUUAUUCAGUAAAUACAUGUUGUGAAUACUGUAAUUCUGGUUGAUUUUAAAAAUGUCGAAAAACGACCUUCGACCUACCACCUCAAACUUAAUCAAAUUAUGAUUUUUGUAAACUAGCAUACCUAGGGUAAAUGCCGAAAUACAUCUUAGAUUGAUCGGAAACAGUUCUCGGUUAAUUUUAACCAUUAAAUUUAAGGUAAAGGUUUAGACUCAUGAACUCCAUAUUGGCCAAAUUUAGCCUACAUGAAAACCAAUGGAUUUUAGAGACAGAACAUGUUCAAACAUCCUAUAAUCACCAUAGAAAUAUAAAAUGGACUGAGAGCUAUGUUUACACAGCUUACAGUAUAAGAUUUCACUUUAUAUUCAAUGAACAGAUAGCAAUACUGGGCUAUUCAGUAAAUACAUGUUGUGAAUACUGUAAUUCUGGUUGAUUUUAAAAAUGUUGAAAAACGACCUUCGACCUACCACCUCAAACUUAAUCAAAUUAUGAUUUUUGUAAACUAGCAUACCUAGGGCAAAUGUCGGAAUAUAUCUUAGAUUGAUCGGAAACAGUUCUAAGGUAAUUUACAAGUGUUGGACAUCAGUUUGGCACUAAACUAAAAUAACUUAUGUGUUUUAAACUUAAUUAGGCAGAAAUAAAAUAACUUUUUAAGUCAAUUUAGUGUUUAGAUUUUGGACAUGGGUGCAAUUAUUUGCACUAAAUACACCUAAUGUAAACAGUACAUGUUAUACAGUCCAAUACGAACACUUAAUUUCAAAGAUAUGACCAAAAUACGGAUUGUAAUGACUCCAUUUGGUGGAAAUUCAAAUUUUGACUCGCUUGUAAAAUUAAGCAGUAUUUACUUCGGACUAACGACGCUAAUUCUCAUCAAGAUGCAGUUUUUAAAACUAAAAUAUCAAAGGAAUGUUGUAUAGAAUAAUUUAUUGUGAUCGGAGGCAGUAAAAUAUGAAAAAAUCAGGAAAAAUAAACGCAUACCUACCACGCUUCUGUGAUAGUCAAAUCCUUCCAAACCCUUGUGUAACAUUGCAUCGCUUGUAAUUCUUUGAUUCCCGUUGAAUUCAUCUUGUUUAUGAGUUUUGCACAUCGUUUCCAUAGUAUACUUAUGUUAUUUGAGGAAAUUAUAUGAAAAUCCAACUGUUAUCGUGUAAAAACAAGCAGUGAAGUACUCACACGAUAUAUGAACUGGCCGCCAUGUUAUCACCCGAUUCAUUCGAUCAAUUUCUCAUUCUAGCAUCUGAUUGGUUUUGAGCGCCCAAUACGCGAUUUUGUAAAAAAUCUCCUCUUAAUUCAAUUCCCCAGAAAUGUGCUAUCAAAUUUUUUAAGGUCAUUUUUGUCGGGGGGCCCUAAAGUUCGGGGGCCCCCCGUCACUGGACACCCUGACACCCUCCCGUUACGCCACUGUCGGUUGCGGUUAUGUUACCGGCUCGUUUCAUUUUUUCUUUCAGUGGUUCAGUAACUGGAGGCUCACUGAACCCAGCAAGGAGCUUUGGUCCCGCAGUAAUUGGUUCGUACUGGUCCGAUCAUACUGGAUUGGUCCAAUUCUUGGCGCCAUUUUGGCCUCUGCAAUAUAUCGCAUUGUUCUCGCUUCACCAGACCGAUUGCUGUUCUGUAAGGGAUCAAAUGUACAACCAUCUCAUACUGAUGUGGAACUAGGCAGUACCGCGGGCACAGAAUAAGGCACACAGAAGGGCCACUUACGUCGGAAGCUUUGAAGUUUCUGUCACCCUGGCCGCCAUCUUCCUAGCCAGUCGAUUACGUUUUCUGGCCAAUGAACGCGCUGUAUUGGCUGGCCGCCAUCUUCCUAGCCAAUCAAUUUGCAUGUUUUUGCAUAGAAAAAUGGGGACACGUUGCACCGCUGAGUGGCCCUUCUGGUACUGAUCUUUAUUCUGUGCCGCGGGAUUGCCUUGAAAAGAUGCGGGGUCCAGUAAAGUAUAGGCAUGGCGAGAUAGGCAAUGGUGUGUAAAUCAAUAUACAAAAUACACAAAACAUCACACGCACUAUAUACAUGCACCUACUAUUCACUAUUUAACAGUUUGUUCUAGUUUUCAGAUCAUAUAUAUGUGAAGAUCUAUUAGUAAGAAAUCCAUUAAUUAAUUAACUAAAUAAUAUCUACAAAUAAGUAACUGUUGCACAACGCAAAAUCCCAAGUGAAAUCUGUAGAGCCAGUAGAGGUCAUAUAUUACCUUACUAUCUCUAAUGCAGAGUCAAUAUAGAAACUGAAGUAGAACUCCGAAUAACUCCUAACUAAGAACAAAUAUAUGUUUACAUGACGGAAGGAAACAUUUCUUGAAAACAUUGUGCGUUUGAAAAAAUACUUGACGAUAAGUAUAUAAUGCCUAUAUAUAAUAAAGGCUAUAUAUAAGUACGUAGAAUUGUAUAUAUAUACAGUUUUUAUAGCCAUGCCGGCAAAUAAACCUUUAAUAUUUCAGUGUAUAUAUUGUUGCAGUUUGUGUCCUGACCAACCGAUUUGCAAGAAACUGUUCCAACAACACGUCACAAAUCGGCACGUAACAAAUUGGCAAAGUCACGAUAACCUGGUCGCAAGGCUAAUGACAACAUGCUCGCAGGCGUAGCAACUUGUUACGAACAGUCUGUAUUAUCUUGUUAGAACAACUUGUAACACGGGGAUAAACACUUGUCAGACUUGUCAUAAUUAACGUAACAAAUGAGAACAAGCCGUGAGAAUUAAACAUCCUGAUUCGGCUUGACAACAAUGUUGUUACGACUUGUUUGCAGAUUAAUCGGGUGUUGGGGUAUCAAUUUCCUGUUUGUAAUACAAAAUUACUGAAAAUUGCAAAUUUCUUAGAGCUAUAUUAUCCGCAUUUUACAACAUUUCGCAACGAAACUUUGGAAUAUUACUAAUUUUGUGAUGCCCUUUCAAGCUGUGUUGACAUUUUUGUCUAGAUUUGUCUUGAUCAAAAUUUUAGUUAUAAGGUUAACGGUCCAUUGCGUACGACAAAAAUCCCAGUGUGCGGGGAAAAUAUUUCAGGAAUCUAGUUGUCACUCGUGUCGUGAACAAAAAAUAUCAAACAUGUUUGAUAUUUUCUGUCAUUCGUGAUAAAAAUUCCUAGUGCACGGCAAACGGCUCAUCGUAACUUUUCAGAGCAAAGAAGUGCGCAUGCGUGAUAUUCCCCAAAACAAUAAAUUGGUAGAUAUCUGGCCCGAAUUAGUUCAUAAGAUUAUUAUAGACUCUUUGUCUUCUCAAAAUCCAUCCGGUGAAGGCUAUUUCAGAUACGGCACCUAGUCCCCAGGCCUUUACCGGCGCAACCGCGAAAUUCAAUAUGGCGCCAAAUGGCGCCAAGCUAAGGAGUGGAGUUUAAAUGGAAUUUAUAUUCUAUAUUUUCUAUUGUUGUUUUUUGACCUUUUUAUUAAUUUUGGUUGGUAGAACCUAUAUUCUGAAAUGCCAGGUAUCUUACCCUUUAUCUGAUUAAUCUGAAACAUAGUUAAACAGUGAAAGCAAGAUAAGAAAUUUUUGACACUGAACUUUUAACACGUUCUACGAUAGGGUUGCAUAUUCUAUUUAGCUUAAUUUUUAGAUAAAUGCCUGCAUAUCAGCUCAUAUCGUCAAAAAACGGGCAGAAUUUGUUUCCACCUUGCAAAAUCAAGCUAAUUUAUUAAAAAUAGUCCAGAGAAAUAUCACUUUUGCAACUAUUGGAGAGGAAUGAUCAAAUCUGUCCAAAUGGGGGAUAGAUCCAAUGCAAUUACAAAACAUUUAUGAAUGCUCCACAGUAUUUCCUAUUUUGUCCAAAUGGUCCGAGUAAUUGGAGAAGUGGUUUUGACUCGUUUUUGAAUAUAUCGAAAAACGCCUAACAUAACAUUAAAAAAACUAAACAGUAAAUAUAAACUUUGACUUCACAACACAGUAAAAACCUUUAUUUACCCGCUUUAUUAAGACACAUUUUUACAUCGUAUAUACUUUAUUAUAUACAGUAAAUGCAAUAAUAUACAAGAAAUCUACAUGUAUGCUACGAAUAUGCUAUAAUUUACAAUAGUUUUGGUUAAGAUAACAUCAGCUAAGGAAAAUGUAAAUCAAUUUACCGAUUUUUUAUAGCGCUAAUGAAAAUGGUUCUGAUGCAUCCAAAACCAAUCCCUAGAAAAAUGGAAGCAAAUUAGCCAAUUUAUACUGUAGCUCACGAGAAUGGUUUCGGAUGCGCCCAAAACCAAUCCCGAGACAAAUGAAAAAAAAUUUAGCCAAUUUAUAGCUGAUGAGAAUGGUUUUGGAUGCGUCCAAAACCAACCCUCCAGGAAAAUGCAAAUCAAUUGACCGACAUGUCAAAAACUAUCCUAGAGAAAUGCGAACCAGUUCGCUGAUUUUAGCAAAAAGUCCCCAGACAAAUGAACACAAAUCAGCCGAUUUUACUGCUUUUGUGAAUGGUUUUAGAUGCGUCCAAAACCAAUUCCUAGACAAAUGCAAACAAAUUAGCCGAUUCAUAGCUGAUGAGAAUGGUUUUGGAUGCGUCCAAAACCAAUCCCUAGACAAAUGCAAACAAAUUAGCCAAUUUAUAGCUCAUAACCCUCCAGGAAAAUGCAAAUAAUUGACCGGUAUGUCCAAAACAUUCCUAGAGAAAUACGAACCAAAUUACUGAUUUUAGCAAAAAAAAUCCCCAGACAAAUGAACACAAAUCAGCCGAUUUUAGUGCUUUUGAAAAUGGUUUUAGAUGCAUGCAAAACCAAUCCCUAGACAAAUGGACAAAACCAAUCCCUAGACAAAUGUUUCGCGAAACUGAACUGUAUUGGCAGAGGUAAUGUAAUAUAUUCCAACAACUGUUCAUGCCUCGAAUAGUCGAAUAUAGUACUUUAUAAAUACUGUAGACUAAAUUAUUCCAAUUUUAGAUUCCCAGCCUUCACAUCUGAAUUGGUAGUGCAAAGCUUCCGGGGCAGUGUCGUUCGUGGGAAGGCAAAUGAAAAAUUAAACAGCUUCAUUCAACGAGCCAUUUGUGCCGAAAACACCCGUCUAGAGCCAAAGAUAAAAGUGCUAAAGAUGAACUGCUUGGAAAUGACCAAUUUGACCAAGGAAGUUCCAGAUUUCAAGGGUGCUGGGUUGGUUUUUCUGGACAUUGCUAAGGCAAGUUACCGGUAGUUCAUAAUUAUCAGUGUUGUAAUCAGUCGAUUUACUGACUGGAGUAACCUCGAGUGACAACAUUCAGUGUCUUAACUUGAACCAGGAGUUAAGAAACAUUUUCCAAAAAUUAUUGUGGUUGUUAAAGCUCCUCGAAUAUAAGCCCCUGUGUAUAGUGCUCUACCAUCCCCCCUGCACCUCCUCUGCCCAGGGCUAGGGGUGCACCCCCCAGUAAAUCCAUCCCUGUAACUACUGGGUCAUUUACCCCAGUAGGCCCUUUCCUUGCCCCAGUGGUGAAGCAUGAUUUUCAGAUCAACAGGGUCCUUUUGAUCAUCAGUAACAAGUAAAAAUUCCCUGCCUUAUGAUAACAGUAUUGAUAGUGACAAGUCCACUCAAUACUUAUUUGGUAUUAUAAUAUUAAGGCGGUGAUCAAAUCUGUUCUGUACAUCAGUUACGCUACUUAAACAAUGGAGACACUGUAUGCAAACAAUGGCUAUAUUUCGUAUUGGUUAUUUGGUUCGACAUGCAUGAAACUGCACAGAUUUAACCGCCCUUUAAAGUAAUUGGUCGGUUUUAAACAUUUUAUAGAAUUGGAGUGAGAAUGAGCUCCAGAAAUUUGUGAUGUUGGUGAAGAGCCUAAAUGUUCGACAUGGCGUGGAGGACUACAGAAUCGUACUAUUUCCAACCACAGAACGGGAAGAUUUAAUGUUAGAGCACUUGCAAUUUGCAGCGAAUGCUCUAAAAAAUAUUGAUAUGCUGUGGAAUAUUAUGUUCUUCCAUGAUGCCUCGGAAUCAAACCAAGGUGUGUAAAGCAAACAAACAGACUAUUUCACAUAGCUUGACAAUGACCAUUGAAUAAUUGUAAUCAUUUGCCGUUAUAUGUUUACAGUAUACACGCUAUGCAUAAUGCACUGUCUGCGCUUAGGACCUGGAAUGAGCUGCAUUACGCACAGCAUGCAUACAGUACUUGAAGCAGCAGGCAUAGAAAAGUGUUUAUUCUAUAUGCUACAAUAGAACACACAAUGUGCAUAAUAUCUUGUUUGCGUUCGGGACCUGGAAACAAGUCCCAUCAAAACGAGGCCGAUAGUUCAGACGCCAUAUUGUAUAAUUUGAGGCAUUAUGCAUAGCAUGUAUGAUCGGUUGUAAACUGGGUCAGUGUUAUUUGUUAGCAAAUAACAAAUAAUAUAUGGUAUUGUAAAAUAGUGUAGUGUAAUUGAGUGACCAUGUCACUCACUUUUAUUUUUCUUGUUAUAGAAAAUGUAUUGAAAACGACUGUGCUGCCUUUCAUUGUCAGUGGGUCAAAGAGUACACUGGUGUCCUCAACAAAUUUUAUUGAAGCAGAAGCUGAUCCUCUCGCCAAGGAGAAAGACACAAAAAGUAUCUACACGAGGCAGAAACCUAUUGCUUUGUACAAGAAGCUGCUUGAGAUCUUUUGUGCAGAUAAAACUUUGCAUACAGUUGAUGCGUGCAGUGGAGCUGGUUCCUGUGGAUUGGCAUGCGCAGAUGAGGGAUUGAAAUGCCUGAUUAUGGAUGAAUGUGACAUCAAAAUUCGACUAAUUAAGCAACGUCUUCAAUUGUGAAUCAGUGAAAGGUGAAAACUUUCAGUUUCCACAAUACUAAUAUCUUGCAACACACACGUGUUUAUAUUUUCUAUAUAUUUAUAGUAUUUUUGUACCUAAAUAUUUAUAUAUUUAUUGUAUCACUUAUUGUACACUCG